GCAAGAUCAAAAGCUCAGAGCCACACAGCAAGCACCAGGAUGACUGACUUAUCAACUAGCAGGCCCUCUGCCAAGAAUCCUAAUGUUGAAAAACAUCAGCCGUCUGACAAAAGUAAUAGCUCACAUUCUGACCCAAGCAGUACAGCUAGUACACCAACUUUCCCUAGUGUUUCAAAACCUUUUUUAAAAGGCAUCACAAAGAGCUUUUCAAGUGUAGUUGCUGGUACAAAUGCCUCAAGCACCACCACCAGAUCACGCACUAUAUGGAAUAGUAGUAUUGGCAACACUUCAGCAAAGAAAAUAGCUUCAGUGUCAGACUCAGGUUGGGUAAAAAAUUCAACCCAGAAGCCUUCUCAGCAGUCAUCACGAGGUGUUGUAAAACUGUCAAACCAGUCUCAGCCAGACAAAAAACAACCAGAGAAAAACCAAGAGAUGUACGGCAGACCUUUUGAUGAAAAGGCUACCUAUGAAGAUGAAGAUGUAGGAUUUAUUUUGCAGGAGUCGACUGAUAAAAUCCUCCAUGCCAACUCAUUAGAAAAAAGCACAUCAUCAGAAUCAAGUGUAGAUUCGUUAACAAAUUCAAGCCAUGCUUCCUCCAUUCACUCACUCUUGGGUGUCAAUGAUGACGCUUCAACUCAUUCUGAUCUAGAGAAAAAGCAAGAACUAGUCAGCAGCACUUCAGAUGAAAGAGCUAACUCCGAAGACAGUGAUGAUGGAUUGACAAGCCUCCAGUCUCAUUCCAACUCAUCAGAAAAAAUCACCUCUUCUGAGUCUAGUGUAGAUUUGUUAACAAAUUCUAGUCAUGCAUUCUCCAUUCAAUCACUCUUAGGUUUCAAUAAUGAAUCUUCAACUCAGUCAAAUCUAGAGAAAAAGCGAGAACUAGUCAGCAGCUCUUCAGAUGAAAGAGCUAGCUCUGAAGACAGUGAUAUUGGAUGCUCAAGCCUCCAGUCUUAUUCUAACUCAGCAGAAAAAAGCACAUCUUUUGAAUCAAGUGAAAAGUUGAUAACAAAUUCAAGCCCUGCUUUCUCCAUUCAGUCUAAUCUAGAGAAAAAGGAAGAACUAGUCAGCAUCUCUUCAGAUGAAAGAGCUAGCUCUGAAGACAGAGAUAUUGGAUGCAUAAUGUCACCAAACAAUUCCUCUCAACCAGAUGUGAACUGUCACGUGAUAAAUGCAUACACUGAUGUUGCUUGGCAUAAUUUUGUCAGCCAAACUGAAGCUUUCUUCCAAUCUCUACAAUCUGAAUUUUAUAGAAAACAAUCAACAUACCCAGAGUUUAAGAUAGAGCAAGAGCUAGUGAGCAGCUUUUCAGAUGAAAGAGCUACAUCCAAAGACUGUAAUGCUGAAUGUACAGGUCUGGAAGCGAUUGGACCAAUUGAUUUGAGUCUCAGGCCACAGUCCCAAUCCACCGCUUCAGAACAAUUAUGUAAUCAUAGUUUUCAAGACUCCCUGAUAAAGUCACCAAACAAUAAUUUGGUGGUCUCUCUGCCUAAUGAGAUGACCUCUCCAGUGAUGAAUGUUGAUGUCAAUGAUGCUUGGGAUGCUUUUGUAAACCAAACACAAGCUUUCUACCAAACUGUUGAUGGCCUACAAUCAACCCAUCCUAAGCUUGAGGAAAAUCAAGAUGAAAGAGUUACCUAUGAAGAUAGUGGUGUUGUAUGGACAAGCCAGGGAGCAAUGACAUCAUCGGACAUGAGCCACAAGCCACAUUCCACCUGUUCAGAUCAAUUAGAAAUGCUAUGUAUAUCUAUACAAGACAACCUUUUAAUGUCACCAAACAAUCCCUUGGCCAGCUCUCUACCAGAUGAGAUGACCUCUCCAGUGAUAAAUGCUGACAUUGCUAACACUACAAGGUUCUUUGAAAACCUGCUUCAUCCACAAGAUUUUUGUCGUACACCUGGAAAACAGAGGAACACUUCAAUGAUUGACAACUGUACAGAAAAAAAAGCAUUUGGUAACCCAUUUCACGUUCCAGCCUUUGACUCUCCAUUUCCUUAUAGUGACAGAGGGAGGAAAAUUUCAUUGAAUCAGAAUACUCUGGCCAGCAGUGUUGGACAUUCAGACAUUUGGCUUAACCAUUCCAUUGUUUUUGAAAGUCUUCAGCAGGAGCUUGAAGAUGAAAAAGAUUUGCGCCAGGCUGUUGAGAGAGAGGGUUUGACAUCACUUAAAGUGGAAAGAACAAUAUGGCUCGAAAAGCUUAAAAAUGUUGCGCUGAAUAAUAUUAAGAAUCUUGAGGAGUUAGUUAAAAGUGCUGGACAGAAAGAUGACCGUUAUGGUUACUCUCAACUGAAACAGAAAAUAAGAGACUGGACUCUGCACUUGGAAUUUUGUGACCAAGGUUUAAUUGAGGCUACACAAGGGGGACUACAGAUGACAACUUUAGAAAAAUUAAUGGACAGCCUUCAGGUAUCUUCAGCACCAAUCAGUAUUUUUAAAGAAGCUCCAGUUAGCCCAGUUUUACUAGAGCGAUAUGAAAGCGUCACAAGGGCCAUCCAAAGGUCCUUCCCUGGUUACCCAAGGAGCUCCAUUAUUACUAAACUUGAAGUGAUAAAAGCACUCUCUGGUGGAACACUGAAUAUGUUCAGCAACUAUCACCUGAUCAAAGCCAUAACAAAUUCAAUAAUUCAGGACAGGGUGCAACAGCAAAACCUAGCUUCUAACUACCUUGCUUCAUGCAGAAGAGUUUACUAUACUGCCUCAGGACCAAGAUAUAGUUGUUUAACUUCCAGUAAAAGAAGAUGUAGGACAGCGAGUCGCAGAGGUGGCCAUAAGUCAGCAAGUCAGAAUGAUGAACAAGGUCCAAGUCAAAAAGGUUGCCAAAGGACAACAGGUCAGAAAGAUGGAGGCCAAAGUAAAAAUGUUGGCCAAAGUAGAUCAAGUAAAAGAGCUAGAAGAGUCAGAAUGUUUUUUUUAUAAUCUAUCUAUUGGUGUGAUGAAACCAUCCCAAUUGAUCAGUUGAAUAUAAAUUGUGUGUAUUUGUCUUUUAUGUAUUUUUACUGAGACUUAGGCUUACUAUGAUGAAUCAUUAGUUUUAAUUUUCAAUGUAUUAAUUUUUUGUAUUUAGGAAAAAUAUCAAUGGCUUAUUUAUAUGCAUUUCCCUAAACAAGUUAUACUUUUUUCUUUCAUGCUAAUUCCCACAAUUUUUCUGGCCACAUCGAGUUCUAUUUCUGCUUCAACACUUUAUAUUCUUCUGGAUCAGUUAUGCUAGUUUUUGUUUAUAUUUGGUUCUCAGUGAUUUAGAAACUGAUUAGGAAGUUAUUGACUGGUUCUAUCAUUCUGUCAUUUUCACAGUGUGUUUAUCACACUACCUUAUUAGUAUUUGUUUCUUUGUAUUUGUAUCUUAUUGUUUGGCUGAUUGAAACAAUUAUUGAAUUUAUAAUAAUAGCACAGCAAUAUGUAAAAAAAUAAUUGAUCAUUUAUAGUUAUAAGGAUUUUUUAAACAUAUUCUCCGGCUAAUUCUAAGAUCCCCCGACAUUUACUUGCAUGCUUCAAAGCUAGAUUUUUGUGCCUUUUAAUAGAUUUGUAACAUUUUUUAAAUUCGCUUUGAACAUCAGUAUUUAUUGAUAGACCAAAUA